UUUACAUUCACACACUUUCUCUACUCUCUCACAUCGUCCAUCUGCUCAGUCACUCACCAAAAUUACAUCACCCAAAAAGCAAAAAUCCUCCACGAUGGACACCCCCACGAUCCGCUCUUCAUUCAUAAACUUCUUCACCUCGAAACACUCCCACUCUUACGUCCACUCCUCCUCCGUGAUCCCGCACGACGACCCCACGCUCCUCUUCGCCAAUGCGGGCAUGAACCAGUUCAAACCCGUGUUUCUAGGCACCGUCGACCCCGGAAGCGACAUGGCGAAACUCACCCGUGUGGUUAAUACCCAGAAAUGCAUCCGCGCCGGGGGGAAGCAUAACGAUUUGGAGGAUGUGGGAAAGGACGUCUACCACCACACGUUUUUCGAAAUGCUCGGGAACUGGUCCUUUGGUGACUAUUUUAAAAAAGAGAUCUGCACCUGGUCGUGGGAGUGGCUGACGGAGACUUUGGCCCUCCCCAAGGACCGGCUGUAUGUCACCUAUUUCGGUGGGGAUGAAAAGGCCGGGCUCGAGCCGGAUGAGGAGUGCAGGGGGAUUUGGGAGGCUUUAGGGCUCCCCCCCACCCACAUCCUCCCCGGAUCGAUGAAGGACAAUUUCUGGGAGAUGGGUGACACGGGCCCCUGCGGACCCUGUUCGGAAAUCCAUUUCGAUAGGAUUGGCGAUAGAGACGCCUCCCAUUUGGUCAACAUGGACGAUCCGGAUGUGCUGGAGGUGUGGAACCUGGUCUUCAUCCAGUUUAACCGCGAGGCGGACACCUCGCUCCGACCCCUCCCCAAAAAGCACAUUGACUGCGGGAUGGGCUUGGAAAGGAUCGUUUCCGUGGUGCAAGGGCAUAGGUCAAAUUAUGACACGGAUCUUUUUACUCCGAUUUUUGAGGAGAUCAAGAAGUGGUCCCCCACGACCCCCACUUACCAUGGUCGCAUCGCCCCCGAGGACACGCAAGGCACGGACAUGGCGUACCGCGUCGUGGCGGAUCACAUUCGUACCCUGACCAUCGCGCUGGCGGAUGGGGGCCGACCCGACUCCACCGGGAGGGGGUAUGUUUUGAGGAGGAUUUUACGGAGGGGGAUCCGGUAUUCUAUUGAGAAAUUGGGGGCGAAGAGGGGGGAUUUCGCGGGGUUGGUCGGGGUGGUUUGCCAGAUUUUGGGGGGGACAUUUCCGGAGCUCCUCAAAUCCCCCACCACGACGAUGACGAUAAUAAACGAGGAGGAAGCCCAAUUCAUGCGCACUCUAACCCGCGGCCGCGCGCUGUUGGAGCGCACCAUAGGAAAAUUGGAAUUCUCGAAAUUCCUACCUGGAGACGUUGCUUGGCGACUGUACGACACUUAUGGAUUUCCCCUGGAUUUGACCCAGCUGAUGUGCGAGGAGAAAUCGCUGAGCGUGGAUUUGGAGGGUUAUGAAGAGGCUAAGAAAAGGGCCGUGAUGAUCAGCCAGGGGAAAAUGGGGGGGGAUGAAGGGGUUGGACUGGGGUUGGAUGUCCAUUCCAUCGGGGAGUUGCAGGGGAGGGGCGUGCAGAGGACGGAGGACCAGGGGAAGUAUCUGUAUCAAGUGGGGGAAGGGGGUGGGGAGGAGUAUGACUUCCCCCCUCACCUCGCCACCCUCCUCGCAAUCCGCCAACCCUCGACCUUCACCCCCGUGGCCCCCCAAUCCUCCACCCCCACGAUCCUAAUCCUCUCCUCCACCUCCUUCUACGCCGACGCGGGUGGGCAAAUCCACGACGAGGGUUUCAUCACCUCGACGACGUCCGACGCUGAAUUUAUCGUCACCAACACUCAAUCUCGAGGAGGAUAUAUUUGUCACUAUGGCACCGUGACGGAGGGUGAAUUCACGGUGGGGGACGUCGUGGAGCUGCAUCUGGACGGGAAUCGGAGGAAGCAAAUCAUGAAUAAUCACACGGGGACGCACGUGCUCAAUUUCGCGUUGAGGGGGGUGCUGGAGGCGGAGCCCGAGCAGAAGGGGAGCCAUGUGGGGCCGGAUAGACUUAGAUUUGACUUCAGCAGCAAGGCCGCCCUCACCUCAAAACAAGUCAAAGACGCAGAAUCCAUCUGCAACGCGGUGGUUGCCCAGGACCUGGUCGUGUACGCGAAAGAGAGCAGUUUGGCCUCCGCCAAGGCCAUCAAAGGUUUGAGGGCCGUGUUCAACGAGGCCUAUCCGGACCCCGUGCGAGUCGUGAGCAUCGGCGUGGACGUGGAGGAGCUCGAAAGGGAUCCAUCGGGUGGGAAAGGGGUCGAUUUCAGCGUCGAGUUCUGCGGGGGGACCCACCUCCUCCGCUCCUCGCACAUGGGUUCCUUCGUGAUCGCAUCUGAGGAAGCCAUCGCCAAGGGGAUCCGUCGCAUCGUGGGCCUGACCGGUCCGGAGGCCGCUCGGGCAGAAAACAAGGCGAAUUUGAUGAUCCAGCAAGUGGCGGAAAUUAAAAAGGGCCCGAAAGCCGACUGGUCCAAGAAGAUUGUGGAAAUGGGCGAGGAGUUGAACCAGGCCGUGAUUUCGCAGUGGAAAAAGGACGAGUUGAGGGCUCAGCUGAAGGAAUUGAGGAAAAUUUUGGACGAUGAGGACAAGGCGGCCAAGGCGCAGGUCGUGCUGAGUGUGGUGGAACAGGUCAAAGGGAUCAUGGUGGAGGAGGAGGGGAGGGAGUUUUAUGUCAAGAUUUUGCAGAGUGGGGCGAGUGCCAAGGCCCUUGACGCCGGCCUCCGCCAAGUGAAAGCCGCGUCCCCCUGGAAACCCGCCCUGUUCAUCUCCGUGGAGUCCCCCACAAAAGUCUACGUGAUGGCCCAGGUCCCUCCCGCCGCGGUGGAGAAAGGCCUCAAGGCGAACGAGUGGGUGGGCCAGGUGGCGGAAUUACUCCAAGGCAAAGGCGGCGGAAAGGCGGAAUCCGCUCAGGUCCAAGGCAGCUCCGCAAUGAACGUGGAAAAAUGUAUCGAAAUUUGCUCCGAGUUUGCCAAACUUAAGUUGAAGUGAUUUUUUUUAUGAAAUAAAAAUAAAAUGUGGUUUCUAUGGAAAUAAUUUUUUUAUAUAAAUAAAUAAAUAUAAAAAUCUCCAUGGCAAUUAAUUUAAUAUAAAAUUCUCUGCUAAUAAAACUUUAACUCUGUAAAAGUGGAA